AUGAAGCUCGCGGCCUUCCUCAGCUCGACGCCAUCGUCGCGCCCGACGAUGAAGAAGAUGGAGCCGCCCCCGUCGGCGCUGCAGAAGGACUGGGAGAAGAAGAGCGCGCUCGAGACGAUCGCGAUCGAUGAGAAGGCGAUCAACUACUUCCGGAAGCUCCCGAUCACGACGUGCGUCAUGGAAGGGCGCAUGAUGAAGUACGACCUCGAGCCCAUGUUUGUGCGCAAUGCGUUCCGGCACGGCAACAGCCUCUCGGUCACGGCCGCGCUCGACCUCAUUGCGCAGGGGACGGAGAUCAUGACGACCGAGUUCAACAUCCUCAAGCUCCAAGCGCCCAUGAUCGUCGUUGGCGACUUGCACGGCCAGUUCUUCGACUUGCUGCAUCUGCUGCAUGUCCAUGGCGACCCGAGCCCGGCAAACCAGUAUUUAUUCCUUGGCGACUACGUGGAUCGUGGUCCGUCGUCGUGCGAGAUCAUGCUGCUCCUCCUCGCGUACAAGAUCAAGUUUCCCAAGUACGUGCACCUCCUUCGCGGCAACCACGAGUGCCGGAGCGUGAGCACGCACUACGGGUUUCGCGACGAGUGUCUUCGCAAGUAUGGCCUUCUCGUGUACAACCGCAUGGUCGCAUGCUUUGAGAGCAUGCCCCUCGCCGCGACGAUCGAGACCUCGUACGGGACGCUUCUUGCGCUUCACGGCGGCCUGUCGCCUGACAUUGACACGGUCGACGAGAUCAACGACCUCGACCGCUUCGUCGAGCCCAAGCCGUCUGGGCCGCUCUGCGAUAUCUUGUGGUCAGAUCCGUCCAAGGACAAUGAUCAGCACGACGACUGGGCGCCCAACCCGAUCCGCGGCUGCUCGUACAUGUUUAGCGAGCACCUCGUCCGGUCGUUUCUCCAGCGCAACAAGCUUCUUUCAAUCAUCCGCGCGCACGAGCACUACGCCAAAGGCGUCUCACUCGACGACUUUCCGCCCGUCGUUACCGUCUUCUCCGCGCCCGAGUACUGCAACGUGUACUCGAACAUGGGCGCGACGCUCUACUUGACGUACGAAUGGACGGGCCAGCUCGAAUUCGUCCAGCACAAGCGUGCCCACACCGAGAGCAAGAUCACGCACGCCAGCGAGGUCAACGCCGUCUCCGAGUUCCUCGCCGAGACGCUGCCGUUUUUGCCCAUUUCGUUCUUGCAACUCGUGUCGCUCUGCAGCCGCCUUGGCCCUGGCCUGCACGUCGUGCGCUCGUGCAAUGCGUCGACAGCUCUCUUACCGAGCAAGAAAAAGAAGCCGCACAUCUUUGCGACCGGUGGCUUCAUCUCCAAGCUCAUGGCGCGUCGCAAGUCGUCGCGUGCGGAGCGUGAAGAGCCCGAGAUGCCACCACCGCCGAUUCAGACGCGACCCAAGGUCGCUGCGCCGCGCAGCAACAAAUCCAUUAGCACGACGCCCGUGAGCAAGCGAGGAUCGGGCUUCGUCCCGCCCUCCGAAAUGCACCCCGCGGCUGUGCACCCGCAGCAAAAGAUUGCAUGCAUCAAGGUGUCUUUGCGCAUUGCCGAGCUUCAAAAUCAAAUCUUCCAGAGCGGGUCGCGCCCCGGCUUACCCAUGUGCCAACCGACAAAGGCGUCACCGCAAGACGACGACGACAGCGCGACGCAAGAUGAAGAGGAAGAAGAGGUGCUGCCCAAGCGCCGCACACGGUCGUUCCAUGCCGUCGACAGUCAAGACACGCGUGUGGCCCAAAUCCGUCGUCAGUGGCAGAUCAAGGCAAACGAAGAGUCGGAGAAGCACCGCGUCGCGUCGUCCGUGCCGUCGCGCGUCUUUCUGCAUCAGCGACGCCCGAGUGUUGACAAGCUCACGGGUCAGAUCGACAUUAUGAACGUGCUCCAAGUCUGGGAGCAGCGCAAGAACAACAUUCAGAGCGCCCACGCAGCGAUCGAGACGGAGAGUGUUCCCGUGUACAAGAAGCAAAUGGGCGCCGACGUCUUUACGGACGAAGAGUGGCGAGCACUGAAGCUCUACUUUUACAUGGCGACACGGGACGACCAGGGACAACUGACCAAGAAGAAGCUCGGGUUGCUCCUGGCCGACCAAGACAAAGAUGCAUAUGCGACCCAAGACGAACUGUCGACCAUCCUCGGGGCCAUGGACAGCGACGAAGACGGCGUGAUUGGCGAAGCCGACUUUUUGCAUUUUGCGUAUCGCGCCAAGCAGUCGGAGAUGCGCCAGCCGCACCUCGUGCGACGCUUCUCGGGGUAA